AUGCCCGUCGACUGUCCCAUCUGCAACCAGUCCGUAAGGUCGUCCGACAUCAACGGCCACAUCGACUCGGGCUGCGAGAGCUUCAUAGUCGACAAGGACAAGGUACCUACUCCGCCACAGUCGCAGACACCUCAGCCGGGAUCGCAAAAGCGCAAUGCUUCGAAUUUCUUUUCCACGCCCGCCCCGAAGCGACAGGCUGCUUCUGAGAAUAGGGUGUCGACGCCUGUAAAGGGAGCUCUGCAGCCGAUAACGGGGAGGAAGAGGACUUUUGAGGAAGGUCCUGGGGCUGGAGCGAGUCAGAAGACGGAGAAUGCGACGAAUGGCAACGAGAACGUGACGAACGGGAGGACAGAGCAAGAUGGAAGAGCUAUGAAGAAGACAAAAACACAAAGGGCAGCUCCCUUGGCAGAACGAAUGAGGCCACGAACACUCGACGAUGUUUUCGGCCAAGACCUCGUUGGGCCAAACGGCGUCCUCCGUUCCCUGAUCGAGUCGAGCCAAGUCCCAUCCAUGAUCCUCUGGGGCGCCUCAGGAACAGGCAAGACAACAAUAGCACGGUGCAUCGCCCAGAUGGUCGGCAGCCGCUUCAUCGAGCUCAACGCCACUAGUACAGGAGUCGCCGAGGUCAAGAAGCUCUUCCAAGAGGCGGCCAACGACCUUGCCCUCACCGGUCGCAAGACCAUCAUCUUUUGCGACGAGAUUCAUCGCUUCAACAAGGCACAGCAGGAUGUCUUUCUCAAGCCUGUCGAGGCCGGCACCGUGACACUCAUUGGCGCGACGACAGAGAAUCCGUCUUUCAAGGUCGCUGCUGCUUUGCUAUCUCGAUGUCGAACUUUCACUCUCCAGACUCUCACCACCGAAGACGUUGUCAGUAUCCUUCAGCGCGCCAUUCGUGAGGAGGAAUCCGUCUAUCCUUCUACACCACUCCUCGACGAAGCCAUGAUCACGUACCUCGCUCGCUUUGCAGAUGGUGACGCCCGAACCGCUCUCAACCUCCUCGAACUUGCACUCUCCCUUACAACCAGAGAGGGCAUCACGCAAGCCGACAUCAAAGCUGCCCUCACAAAGACUCUCGUGUAUGACCGCGCAGGCGACCAACACUACGAUACUAUUUCUGCCUUCCACAAGUCUGUACGUGGAAACGACGCCGAUGCAGCCCUCUACUACCUCGCGCGUAUGCUCCAGUCUGGCGAAGAUCCGCUCUUCAUUGCCCGGCGCAUGGUUGUGAUCGCCUCUGAGGAUGUUGGUCUCGCGGACAACACACUUCUCCCCCUAGCAACCGCCACAUAUACGGCGACCCAGCAGAUUGGUAUGCCCGAAGCGCGCAUCCCUCUCGCCCACUGUACUGUUGCGUUGUGUAAUGCGCCCAAGAGCACCCGCGCCUACCGUGCCCUCAACAACGCCUACGCCGCUCUGCGUGAACCUGGCGUCGCAGGUCUACCCGUACCCCUACACCUGCGCAAUGCGCCAACACGACUCAUGCGAGAUCUCGGGUAUGGCGCCGAGUACAAGUAUCCCCCGAACUAUCGCGACGGGCAGGUGAAGCAGACAUAUCUACCAGACGAACUUAUUGGACGACGAUUCCUCGAGGAACGAGAUUUAGGAACAGAAAUUGAUCCCGACUUGGAGAUGGCCGGCACAUGA